AGCGCUCAGAGUCGGUGGGUGGCUCAAAGAAAACACUGAUUUAACUUGAACUUGGACUGUUCCAGUCAUCCUUUCACUUCUAAUCGCUAGCAAAUUUUGACCACCGUUUUUCUCUCAACAUGGGACAGUACUAGACUCUGCGAAAUCUUGACAACGGUGGAAACCUGAGUGGCGGAAAACUGGGUGAAGCUCUCAUUGACGGUUCAUGGAACGAAGUCAUCGAAUCAUUGGCUAUUCCUACUGGGAUUAUGCCCCCCAGUAAUCUUCCAUCCCUCUUCAAUGAGAUGGCUGCCAACCGAGAUGGCGAAGAAGGUAAAGCACCACCUAAAUGUUUGCCUCCGCAAAAGGAAAAGCUGGGACAUCUACGAGUCUUUCCGGACGAAAUUAUCUCUCUCAUCCUUAAGUCCAUUGAGACGAAAGAAGAUAUUGCCAGAUUCAGCCUUGCCAAUAUCUAUGUCUUCUACAUCGGUUAUGAGGUCCUACAGCGACGCUACAUGGCAGAGAGGCCAUCUUGGGCAGGUGGUCGUCUUAUUUGCGUAGGCGAUUAUGCUCGGAUAGAAGACCUACCUCCUGGCGUUUUUACAAAAGAAGAGGUGGAAGACAUGAAACAGUACCAAGACAAUCUGUUAGAUCCUGCCGAAUCUAUCGGUUCUUUGCACCAUUAUCUCCCAGCUACUUACCCAUUUCGUCGACGUGUUGAACUUGGCUUCGAUUACGGUACAAUUCAUCGUCUGAUGAUGGAAAUCCGCAAGAGCGAGCGUACUUCUUCCGAAUAUAGGUCAAGAAUCUACAACGCGCUCUCCGAACUAGGCAGUCCCAGGCUCCUGUAUAAGAGUGAGCACCCUUGGAUCCUUUGUAAUCUCUCCAAGAUGCAGUUUAUCCGAUUCGCUGCUGUGAGCGAGCUGCAUGGAUAUAAACCGGAAGACCCGCUUCAGUUCAUCCAUCCUGGGUUCUCGGUUGGGACGCUAUUGGUAUCCAGGAUAUGCUGGUCAUGGGAUAGCAGCACCUCCCUUUGUUACAAAGGUGCUAUCCAUCAUGGUGUGUGGGCGGGAAACAGGUUCGAGGUCACAACCAUGGACCGUUUGCGGCCUACAGAGGGAGGUAAAGAGUGGAAGGACGUUACUGACGAAGUCGUCGAUGAGGCGAUUGGGAUUUGGAAAGAGCAUUUCGGGAAAAAAUGGAGAAAGUAUCUAUGAUUUUCAAGAAUUGUGUCCACUAUAGAGUGCUAUAUCGUGUUGGCUGUUGACAUAAACUAGUUUGUUCGGCUGCCGCUAUACGAAUGUCAUCCGAACCUACUGUUCUGUGAUCUUCGGGCCUUGGGGCAACAUUCGAUAUGCAUAAAUGUUUGAACACUUUGACUGUAUCCCUUACACCUUAGUAGU